AUGGAGCGUCUGUGCCCAAACGCGUCGCGCAGCGUCACCACUCCUCUUCCCGGCUCGGAGCGGACGAUGUGGUUCACCGGCGUGGCCAUUGCCUCCGUUUACGGGGCCAUCAGCGUGUUGGGGCUGGUGGGCAACAUCACGCUCAUUAAGACGUUUUGCUCCGCCAAAUCCAUCCGCAACGUGCCAAAUCUUUUCAUGACGAGUCUUGCGCUCGGGGACGUUUUGCUGCUGCUGACCUGCGCUCCGGUGGACGCCAGCCGGUACCUGUCAGAGGAGUGGCUGUUCGGCAGGCUGGGAUGUAAAGUCAUCCCCUUCAUCCAGCUCACCUCUGUUGGGGUGUCUGUGUUCACUCUCACGGCCCUCUCUGCUGACAGGUACAGGGCCAUCGUAAAACCCCUGGACAUCCAAACAUCGACCACCACUGCCAGCAUUGUCCUGCGGGCAGCGCUCAUCUGGGUCUUCUCCCUCAUCCUGGCCAUCCCUGAAGCCGUGUUCUCUGACCUGCACACCUUUAACAUCACCUCCACCAACGAGAGCUUCAUCACCUGCGCUCCUUACCCCCAUGCUGGAGAACUGCACCCUCAGAUCCACUCCAUGGCCUCCUUCCUCAUCUUCUACGUCAUCCCCCUGCUGAUCAUAUCUGUGUACUACACCUUCAUUGCUCGGAGCCUGAUGAGCAGUGCCUCCAACCUGCCGGUGGAAGGAAACCUGCACGCAAGAAGACAGGUGGAAUCCAGAAAGCGCUUGGCCAAGACAGUACUGGUCUUCGUUGGUCUCUUUGCAGUGUGCUGGCUCCCGAGUCACAUCAUCUACUUAUAUCGCUCCUAUCACUACUCCCAGGUGGACACCUCACUGGCUCACUUUGUAUGCAGCGUCAUAGCUCGAAUCUUGGCCUUCACCAACUCCUGCCUCAACCCAUUCGCCCUUUACCUGCUGAGCAAGACCUUCAAGAAGCAGUUUAAUCAGCAGCUGUGUUGCUGCUGUCGUAUGAUCUUCAAACACUCCUCGCAGAGCCCGACACAUAACGCAACACGCGUGACAUCGGUCCGCAGCACGCAUCACUCCAUGGCCAGUCUGACCAUGAUCAAUGGCAGACAGCUCUGUCAGGAGGACUGCGUGUAA